AUGGCUUACAUAUACAAUAAAGCGUUACAACAACCAUCAAAUGUUAGUUUUGUUGUUUCGCCGUCACGAAAUUCGACAUUUACAACAAAACGUGUACAUCAACAACCAACAACAAAAUCAUCAUCAUUAAACAAAACAUCGAACACAAUAAAAGGUGAGCAUCUACCACCCAUACGACAUCAUCAAAGAAAGAGUACAUUUCGACAAUAUUCAACAAACAAUUUGACUUCAAAACGUGUUGUUCAGUUCUUAUUGAAAUAUAAUAAGUAUCCAAUAAAACCAACUAAAAAAUAUAUAACUAAAUCAAUGAGUACUACAACAACAGCAAAAAAACCGGUUCCAGUUGUUUCAAAUAAAACACCAUCACAAUCCGCAAGAAGAAGUUCCAAUGAUAGUGAUAAAAGGGUUCGUAAAUUGUGGUGGUCACCUAGACGAAAUGAAGUUGAAAUUCGUUCAGAAAAUGAUAGUCGUUAUAAAAAUGUUUCAGCAAAAGUGAAUUCUUUAGCCAAUCGUGACUAUCGUCCUGGAGGUGGUCAAGUAUCUAUACGUGAUGAACCUAAACAAUGGCAAGCACAAUCAAAAGUAAAUUCAUUGGCUAAUGCUAAUUGGGCACCUCCACCACCACGUGUUAAUGUUAAAACGGAAAAAUUACAAUGGAAUGCUCAAUCUAAAGUUGAUUCAAUGGCUAAUAUUGAUUAUAAACCUGCUGGUGGUGAAAAUAUAGCGAUUCGUGAUGAAAAACUUGACUUUGCUCAUAUUACACCACGUGUUGAUUGUGGAUUUGUUGAUUAA